UGUGCGAAAACAACCAGCGCUCGCUAACUUUUUGUUUUUUAAAUCCUUAAUUGCCGUCAUCUGUAACUUGAUAUUCCGCACAAUGGAUAGAUAUGUGUUGAGCGUUUCUUUGUGUCAAAAUGAAAACGAGUGUCAGGAUGAUAUCAAACCUCUGGAGCCACUCAGGAGGCUAUAUGAGGGACUUGAAUACGUUGCCCAUCAGGAGUCAACAAGAAGGUCCUCUGUGUUCCCAGCUUGUUCUCUCAGUGGCGGUCCUUCCUUUCAGAGGUGGUACUUUGCCCUCCAGGUUUGCCAAGGAGCAGCUCAGUUUUGCAGUCCAGAUUGGGAGGAGUUGGGUGUAGGCCAUCAUAAGACUGAAAGUGAGGAGGAGAGUCCUAAUGCUUUGGAGUUGUGUUUUACAUCUCUCAACGAUCAGGAGGAAGGGGAACAACAGACUGACCAACCAACAGUGACGGAGCUGUUUGAGGAGGCAGCAGAGGGACUCCAUCUACUGUCAGACAAACUUCCUCCUCCAGGUAAAGCCCUGUUGGAUGUGCUGGUGCUUGGAAAUGCAGAGCGGCCCCCUGUUUUAAAAGACCUGCUCCCUCUGAUGGGAGCUCUCAAGCACAUGGCCUGCUGGCACUCUGCCAAGAUCACUGUGGUCGCACACAACGCCAAUGGGUGGCAGAAAACUGCAUCGUACCUGAGUGCCAAUCUAGUGGACUCUGCUGAUCUUGACAGCUGUAUUGACACCAGGGAGCUGUGGAGGGGAGGCCUGCUCAUCAGAGAGAAAAAGUGUGUGUCUGAGCUGCGUUUUGAGGGCUUCUCGCUGCGUUCUCCAGAGCGUCAGAUAUCCUGUUCCAGUGUCUUCCACACCCCCUACACCACAACAGACCACAAACUGCCUUCAGAGAUCUUCCAUUACUACAGACCAGUCUUAGAUUGGGUUCAGUUGGUCACCAUGUCGGACCUGCCCAACUUCCUGACAUCCGGCACGGAGUUUCAACUUGGCCUGUUUGGGACGUCAUUGAAAGCCCAGCUGCUGUUAGACCAGCUCAGAUCACUUCGUGGAAAGGUAGGAGCAUUGCUCUGCUUGUCAUGUACUGUCAAUCCCGUCGCCCAGUCCCCAGCCAGCCAGCUCAGCUCUCAGCGCUGGAGAGAGUCUUUGGCAAAGAGACCUAAGUCGCUGCCUGUGCCUGAGGUAGAGGUGAAAGGUGAGAGUGCCCACUACUUCCUGUUGGUCCAGGGCUCAGAUGACAGUGGCGGAAAAACCUGCAGAGUCAGAAUGUUGCACUCGGCCAAUCAGAUCAAUGGAGCAGCAAUUGUGGCAACAAUCACUGGGCUGUUGAGAGAGAAAUCUUUGUCAUCAACAGAAAGAAAAGCUGGCAAAAGUCCUCACUUGCUGCCCCUUGUACAUGGAGAUGACUUACUGAAGACAGAGAGAAGGAUAACCCAGAUCCAGAAGCUUGUACUCAAAGAAUAUCUCAGGCGGCGAGGAGAGGCAUCAAGCCCAGCCACAAUACCAGUCAAUGACCUGAAGGUCCUCUUGAACCUAGCCAGAGAUCAGUACCUGAAGAUGAAAGAGUCCACCCUGCCUUUUGCUGCCCCCUGUCUACCGGAGGACCAAGAGAACAAAGUCUCAAAGACCUCGGAGCUAAAAAGUGUCCCCUCACAACAAUCAGAUUGGCCGGAGAGGAGUGUCCUCCACAAUAUAGAGAACCUACGAAGGAGACAACAAAAGAAGAGGUUCGGCUUGUUGUCAUAUCCUGGCUCCAGCGAUAGUCUGCUGGGCCCUAAAGACAGUCACAAGGUGUCGUCUGCCCCACUGGAUGCCAGAGAACUUCUAAAGCAUUUCACAUCUGAGGGCACGCCUGCUGGAGAGCUGCAGCCACUGGCUAUCCACAGGGGAGGUAAAAAUGUUUUCCAGUUGUCUCCGGACCUGACUCCAAGGAAGGUCAGCCAGAUGCCCUUCAGCAAGGCCUCCGUCUCCCACUACCACGGCAUUGAGUUCUGCCUGGACAAUCAGCGGGCCUUGGACCGGGAUCGGAGCUUAGCGCGACUCCAGUCACGUCUGAUUCGCUAUGAGACCCAAACCACUUGUUCCAAGGAGCCCUGUCCUCUCCCCUUCGCCGUCAGCCCAGCCCCCUCGCCUGCUGUCGUGUCAGAACCAGGAAGUGUCCCUGAUGGGGAGAUGCUGCAGAAUGCUGAUGUUGCACGCCUUAAACGCAAGUCCUGGGACAUGGACGGUGCAGGAGGAUAUCCUCACAAGAGACUGGCCAAGUCAGAGAGCAGUGACUCGCUGGGCUCACAGAGCAGUACCAGUAGUGGGACACAUCCCUCUGUGAGGUCACUACGGCAACAACCGAUCCGGUCCCAGUCAGCCUCCUCUUCCUCUUCAGCUACAACAUGGACAUCCUCAGGGUUGGUGAAUCCUCCCACUGCAGACAAGCCUCGACCCCACCAGCAGAAGACCCCUCGGUUCCAAGCAGAGGGUAAACCUGCCAAAGAGUCACGCUCCCAGAAACACCACAGGAUGCUAAAGGAGGUUGUAACUAAAACGCUGAAGCACCAUGGAGUCACUGCCGAACAUGAACACUUCGAUGUCUGCAGCCACAGACUGUUUGAAAUCUCCAAAUUCUACCUCAAAGAUCUGAAGACAUCUCGCGGUCUUCAUGAGGAAAUGAAGAAGGCAGCCUGCAGCAACGCCAAGCAGGUGAUUGAGUGGGUUUUGGAGAAGGCCCCGAAGAAGUAAAGAGACAAACAACAAAAUGCAUCUCUUUUGACAAAGUCGUCAAAUCUUUUAAAUUGAUGUCAUGGUUUUCUUUGACCACAGUAGCCUACCCUGUCCUGUUUGUGUUACAUCUACAUUUGUCCAAAUGUCAAUCCACCUUAAAACUGAGUUCACCAGAUUACGCCGGUGGAUUUGUCCAGCUAUUCAACACCUCUCACAAUGAGAUUCAUUUGAUAGUAUUCCUCAGUAUCACCUUGACCAUCAAAAAGCAUCCCUGCAAAAACGCUCUGGGCACUGAGACAGAAUACACGUUUUGUCUCGCAUCAGCUUGUCAGUGAAACAGCCCCAGAACGUGUCUACUGAUAACACGAUGGAGCAACGUUUUAUUUAGCCUUCGAGUUUGCAGCUUUGGGAGUGAUAUGCUCAUCUGAAGAAAUAUUGAACUGCCGAAAGCCAUAGAAAUAAUCCUUGAAACAAUAGAUACUUCUUCCAGCAAUUUAACAUAACAUCGAAACCAUGAGAAUCCAGUAUGUGUCCUGUGUUGAGAGAGAUUUUCUCUGUAAAAUUCUCUUCAGCAAACGGUCUCAGUGCAAAAGAUGCAUUUUUCGACACAUCCUUGCGUACAGCACAAUGUACAUCUUGAAAAGAUUACACAAUAGGGUUUCAAAUGUUUUGCUUAAUGAGACACUAUACUGAAAGAUUGCAGAGGAUGUGGUGGGACCUCAGACGUGUCAGAACCCUCAUCCUUUCUAAGCCUCACUGAUUAGCAGUGAGUCAUUAGUUUAGGUUUGAUUUAAUUAACCUAAUCCUACAUUUAAUGCAUGUUUUUACCAGGGAGAUUGUACAAUAGAGCAGUUUUGUUUUGUUUUUAAUUCGUGUGUGUGUGCGUCAACCAUGAGAUCAUCGUAGUGGUUUCAGCUCGGGUUCUGAACCAUGAAACACAAUGUUCUAUGGAGCUGCAGGGCCGGUCCAUCUACUGCAUUCUGCACUGCACUCACUGACAACUCUCGAAGGCAAACAGGAGGUCAUUUGCCAUUUUUUAUGGACGUUUUAAUCCUCUAUAAUAUUUCAGUGAACUUUUACAUGUACUUUUCUUUUUAAAUGUAAUAAUUUUAAGUAUUUGAGAAUUUUAAUUCAAUCUAAUUUGUUGUCAUUAUCCAUUGCAUCAUAUUUUAAUGUUUGUUUUCAA